AUGCGUAUUUCUGGUUUUUCGGUAUCAGAGGAGGAAAUGGAUGGAAAUCAACUUGUAGUAACUUGUUCGAUUUCACAGAAUAAAAAUUCGUUUAUACCUACCUACGCUCUCGUUGAUACCGGAGCAUCAGGAUAUGCUUUCAUUGAUGAAUCCUUUGCACGCCACAACAAUCUUACAAUGACCCCCCUUAAAAUACCUCGCCAUGUAGACGUUAUAGACGGAAGGCCUAUUAAGUCAGGAAAAAUUACCCAUAUUGUCGAUGUCUCGCUAGACAUUCAUGGUCAUCGGGAGACGGCGCCAUGUUUUGUAACGAAGUUAGGACAUUAUCCGAUUGUGAUGGGGAUACCUUGGAUGCGACGACACGAUGUUACGAUUCGACCAAAAGAAAAUCUACUUGUUUUUGACUCUCGAAGCUGUUGUCAACACUGUUCACUCAGUGGAACUGCAGUUAUUGUUCAUGGUAUCUCGAUCCCCCUACCGGAACACCAUACAGUCAUCGUUUCAGCAACCGAGAAAUCCACUAUCGAUAUCGAACAAUUAGUACCGAAAGAAUUUCACCAUCGUCUUCAUAUGUUCAAAGAAUAUGAUGCUUCAAUUCUCCCACCACAUCGACCAUCUCAUGACAUCGAGAUAAUAUUAGAGGAAGGCAAACGACCACCAUAUGGACCUAUAUAUGGAUUAUCUCAAAUUGAGUUAAAAGCACUACGAGAAUAUCUUGAUGAAAAUUUACCCAAAGGAUUUAUUCGAGCCAGUGAAUCACCAGCGGGAGCACCCAUACUGUUUGUGAAGAAAAGCGAUGGAACCCUUCGACUUUGUGUUGACUAUCGAGGCCUAAAUGCGAUUACAAUUAAAAAUCGAUAUCCAUUACCAUUGUUGAAAGAAACUCUGGCUAAGUUGUCAAGAGCACAAUACUAUACUAAGUUGGAUUUACGAUGGGGAUAUAAUCAAAUCAGGAUAGCGGAGGGAGAUGAAUGGAAAACAGCAUUCCGAACUCGAUAUGGACAUUUCGAAUAUACAGUAAUGCCGUUUGGAUUAGCUAAUGCCCCUGCCACAUUUCAGCAUUGGAUCAAUGAUAUUCUACGUCCCUACCUUGAUCAAUUCGUAACAGCAUACUUAGACGAUAUCCUUAUCUAUUCCGAGACCCUAUCAGAACAUAAAGAACAUAUUCAGAAGGUUCUAAAGGUACUUGAUGAAAAUCAUGUUCACCUUAAACCUGAAAAAUGUGAAUUUAUGGUUCAGGAAACAAAAUAUCUUGGUUUAAUCCUUGCUCCGAAUGGGAAUAGAAUGGAUCCAAAGAAAGUUAUCGAUGUUUUGGAAUGGACUACACCGACAAACCUUCGUGAUGUUCAAGUAUUCCUAGGAUUUGCAAAUUUCUACCGACGGUUUAUUUUGGGAUAUUCGAAAAUUGUUGCCCCGCUUACAACCUUGACAAAGAAAAACGUUAAAUUUGAAUGGACGGAUGAAAGGGAGGAAGCAUUUCAGACUUUGAAAAAGAUGUUUACAACGGCACCGAUACUAGCUCAUUUCAAUCCAGAUCGAAAAAUUGUCAUAGAGACUGAUGCAUCCGACUAUGUUUCAGCAGGAAUCCUAUCUCAACGUGACAACGAAGGAAUCCUACAUCCAGUUGCUUUCUUUUCCAAGAAACACUCUCCCGCAGAAUGCAACUACGAAAUCUAUGAUAAAGAACUUUUAGCAAUUAUACGAUGUUUUGAAGAAUGGCGACAUCAUCUGGAGGGAGCUCAAUUUCCAAUUGAAGUUCUUAGCGACCAUCGGAAUCUUGAGUAUUUUAUGACAACAAAAUUGUUAAAUCGUCGACAAGCCCGUUGGUCCGAAUUUCUUUCACGCUUCGAUUUCGUUAUACAAUUUCGGCCAGGAAAACAAGGAACAAAACCAGAUGCAUUGACUAGGAGGUCAGGUGACCUACCUAAAGAGGGGGAUGAACGGUUAACGCAUCAGAGUCAAGUGAUUCUGAAGCGAAAAAAUUUGGAUACCAAGCUAAGUUUGUUCGCGGGUUCUUUGUCAAAUGAAUCCGCUGAAGGAGCGUCCACUGUAGAGAAGUUAUUUUCAAAAGCUUACCAAGUGGAUAGUUUCCCAAACAAGGUCCUCAAUAUGCUUCGGAAUGGCAUACGCCACUCAAACAAAAUCUCACUUGCCGAAUGUAUAGAAGAUAACAACGGUCGGCUGCUUUAUCGAGGCAUGCUAUAUGUACCAGACGACGAUGACCUUCGACUAAGGCUUUUAAAAGAAUAUCAUGAUAAACCAUCUGCAGGACAUCCGGGUAGAGCGAAGACUUUGGAGCUCCUAAGUCGAGAAUAUUACUGGCCACAGAUGCGGAAGUUUGUCGAUCAGUAUAUUAGGAAUUGCAAUGUGUGCACCCGUAGCAAGGCAUCACACAAUGCACCUUAUGGAGUACUUCGCCCUAUGCCAAUUCCCGAUGGACCCUGGACAGAUGUCUCGAUGGACUUUGUGACUGAUCUUCCUGAGAGUGAUGGGUAUAAUGCGAUUUUGGUCGUGGUAGAUAGACUAACCAAAAUGCGACAUCUGAUACCAACAACAAAGGAGGCGGACUCACAGGAAGUAGCAAGGCUAUAUAUUGAUAACGUCUGGAAGCUACAUGGAUUACCUGACACUAUGGUAUCCGAUCGAGGAACACAGUUCGUCGCGGAAUUCUGGAGGUCCCUUUGUGAUCGAUUGAAAAUCUCGCCAAAGUUUUCUACUGCAUUCCACCCCCAAACAGAUGGACAGACAGAAAGAAUUAAUGCCAUAAUGGAACAAUACCUCCGAAGCUACGUUUCCUAUCAACAAGAUGACUGGGUCCGAUGGCUACCGAUGGCUGAAUUUGCAACCAACAACCACGUUUCCGAAACAACAAAAGUUUCCCCCUUUUAUGCUAAUUCGGGAAGGAAUCCUAGGAUAACAUUUGGGCCUUUGGAACAUGGUCGAACGACGGCGGAGGAUCAAGCGAAUCGUAUUGCAAGGGAAAUGAAGGAUGUGGUGGAUUUCCUAAGAGAAGAAAUGUUCCGGGCGCAAAGGAUACAAGAAGAAUCAGCCAAUAGGAAUCGAACUCCAGCUCCUCGAUAUUAUUUAGGAGAUAAGGUUUUUCUAUCGACCCGUCAUAUUCUAACAAAGCGACCCUCUAAGAAAUUCGACUGGAAACGUAUUGGACCUUAUAGCGUUAAACGAAUCGUUAAUCCCUAUGCUUACGAAUUGGAACUUCCCCGGUCGAUGAAAAUUCAUCCAGUAUUUCACGUUUCGUUAUUGUCACCUGAAGCGAAUGAUCCUUUACCAGGACAACAACGAUUACCACCACCUCCGGUUGAAAUCGAAGGGGAGGAAGAAUGGGAAGUCGAAGAUAUUUUGGAUUCGAGGAAACGAAGAGGAAGAUUUGAAUAUUUGGUACGAUAUAUGGGAUAUGACGAAGCCUCCUGGCAACCGCUAUCGAACCUUGAACAUUCACCUGAAAUUAUUAGUCGAUUCCAUGAGCGUUAUCCAGAGAAGCCUAAGCCUACCAGGAGGUAG